CAGCGUCAUUUUGGAAGGACUCCCCGUCGAGCUUACAAUCUUAUUCCAGGCUAAUUCAGAAGAAACCAUUAUUGACUGUUUUCACAUAGCGGGUCUAUGGGCUUCUAUAGGAGACUAACCUUGUUCUUCGCAUUAAUCAACAUGCAGGCAAGAUGAUGAUCGAGGAGAGCACAAAAGCAAAUUUCUCUCCACUCUUCGGGUUGGACAUUAUCAAUGCAUUGCAAACCAUCCUCGCACGUUCCGAACAAGCGAUCAUUCCGGACCAGCUGGAAACACUAUAUUCCAAGUUCCCAAAUACCGACCAGUCUGCCACCCACAAUGAUCAGAGUAUCCACACCAUCAUCGCCGAACGUCAACAACAGCUGGAUGCAGUUUUGCACGACAUUUCAGGCCUGGAAUCCGUGAUGUAUGGACUCGUAUCGCGUCUCUGGCGCCUGCCAACUGAAGUCCUGUCCCAAAUUUUCCACCAUUGUCUUCUCCCGGAAUCUAACCGCCCAUCAGAGCUAGAAGCUCCCGUGUCGUUAACUGCAGUAUGUCGACGAUGGAGGGAGGUUGCUCUCGACACACCCAGUUUAUGGUGCAGGGUAUCUGUGGGGUUCGACAAAUUGCCGUACCGCUACCUCGAGAACUCGCAAGCCUUCCGCUAUGACGUAUGGCUCAAGCGGUACUGGGGACGUCCACUCUCGUUAGCGCUCGUCUGCGGGGCAGAUGACUCAACCAUGCUACGAAGCCUUCUUCAGCCCUACACCUAUCAAAUCUUGUCUCUGUCCAUCACAUUCUACGAAGAUGCGAUCGAACCCGAACUGUUGUUAGACGACCUCCCAGCACUUCAGGAACUAACCAUACAAGCACUGAAGCAACACAAGGAUAGAUACACUCCAGCCAUCGGACAAUAUCUCCCGCGACUGCCGGCCACUUUGCGCAGUCUCAAGGUCAUUGAGCAGUUUUUCCACAUCGAGCAAACUUAUCGCGGUCUCGCAGGGCUGCACCUGACAAAUCUCGAUAUCGCCAUACUACUACACCAGAGUACAGUCAUCCAAUUGCUCCAGCUAUAUCCCAAUCUCCUCGUUAAAAAUAUACGGGAAAUUCUACCAAAGUGA